UCGCGCUGAAUGCACGCUCAGUGUCUGAUGCUGUGUGACCUAUCCGAUCGUAACCCUAAGGGUCCUUGUUGACUACAAUAUUCUUAAUAUCUCUUUUCGUCCAACCGGAUCUUGACAUUUCGACAGCAAUGUACAUUUAAGGGCACGUUAAUUGUGCGUUAUCUCUGCGCGGGUUUUUGACCGGAAGACUUCGCGUCAGGUGCUGCUGUUGAAGUAAUGAAGAGGUGAAUCCUCAGUUUUGGGACCUUCUUGCUCACUGGCAUACGACCGAUCAGCGCUUCUUUUCUAUGGCGUUUAUUAAUUAUUCCAGUAACUUAUGUGCCGUAUGACAGACAUCAUGUCGCUUGGCAAGAAAUGAAUCCUGAUUCAGCGCGUGACACCCACAGAAUCGCUCGUCAGCCCGCGCGCGCGGGAGAACUUUGCUUCGCAAGUCUUGUAUGGAUACGGAACGCGCCGCACCGCCGCGCGCUGGAUCGACAACUUUCCUCGUAAACAACGUUAGCGUCCUUCCCAUGUCGUUACAAAUUCUUCUUGUCAUCGAUUAUCGUCGCUCUAAGUGGACGAGAAUGUUUCAGAGACUAUAUCUGCUCAAACUCGUGGAAAAUAUCAUUGGUAAGCGCUGAGGAGCGAAUUAAACUGCUGAUAAUAAAUGACUUUUAUGCUCUUCAGACUCGCGUCCUCGCCAGGUGGACUGUGAAGAGCCAGAAGAGGAAUGUUUAUCCGAAAUGUAUUGGGUUUUUGGUCGUUUUUGUUAAGUCGCUGCUUUUUUUCAAUAUUUCUUCCAUUUUUGCAGUUUGCAAAAGGAGAGCUCCAGAAAUCAUGUUCCCGAACCACAGUGUUGCCGUUGGAAGGGAGUUGCCAGUUGCCAUGCCAGUGUAGGCCCUACCCACCAUUACCACCUCCACCCCCUCCUCCGCCACCCCCAAGGCUACUGGCUCCAACUGUGGCUCCCUCCACUGUGUCUCCUAUAACACCCUGGAGAAGAGAGAUGGAGAUCUUGGUACUGGGGACAGUAAGCUGUGCAUCGGUGGUCUUCCUCCUCCUGACUGUCAUCAUUUGCUACAAGGCCAUCAAGAGGAAACCCCUUAGAAAAGAGGAGAACGGCACAAGCCGAGGGGAGUACGCCAUGAGCUCACGAUGUAAGCAGCAGGUGGAAACCAAUAACACUGGAGUAUAGUGGCCAUGCUAAAGUAAAGUAAGACAUGCACAGAUGAAACUCUGUAUCCUACGGCACCACCAUCUCUCUGUUUAAGUUUAUGAGAUGGGGGGAAAAGGUAUGAAGCUGAAUUUUAGAAACUGAAACCACGUGGUUGCCCUUCUGUGGAUAUAAUAUGUUUAACAAGAGACUACUAAAUAAAGUAAGUAUAUAAGUAAAUAGAUUGGUGUGUGUAAGCAAGUAUAUGCAAGGUUUAGGGAAACACUGAGACUUAAAGAUGCUGACAGUAAGAAGAGUAUCACUAGACUCAGACUGUCAUGCCCCAGAGGCUCCUCUGAGGAUAAUAUACGACACCAACAACAAAAUGAAACGCAUGCACUUUCUGUUGAAUGCAGUGAUGUUUUCCUGUCCUAAACUUAGUCUCUGCAAUGUCCCUCGUUAUAAAUAAAGGGUUUCCUCACUUCGUGUACAUGUAUUGGCCCGUAAACAUAUUGUUAGAGGAUCCAAAUGGAUUGGCUCAUCCUGCUUUUUGUGUACCAAAUAUAAAUGACACGUUAUGCCUGAAAUUGCCCCCAAUUAUUUUUGCUUUAUAAUGUGUUACUAUGCAAUUGAAAAGGACUGAAAUUUUGGGUUGCAUGUUGUCAAUACAAAGGUAUAAUGCUAGCACUAACAUUGCUAAGUGUUAGUGGUGAUUUUAGUCUGAUCGUUCUAUACGUACAUAUAAUGUAUAUGUAUAUUUUAGGAGCCUAAAUUACGGUGAUGGCGUAGUUUACAUGUAACCCCUCGUUCAGACAGCCAGUGACGUUAUCGCUGUGUGUCGCUCGUCUCUUUCAAUGAGGCGUUUCUAAAUCUGCUUGUCAUAAACAAAUCAGUACCAUCCACGCCAGUAACUGACGAGAGAAGGAUGACGUGAACUCCACUGCUUUGUUCUCAGUGGUAGUCGCCCCCGAAAUUCGCUCCACAUUUGCAUAAAGUUAAACUUUUCUUACCUUUCUCGCGUCGCUGGACAUGCCCAUACGGUCGCCAACUGUCACUUUCGCUCGUGUCGCCGGAAGUCACCCGGUUUCCAUUGAAAUUAAUGAGAUUGCGUUGGCUGUUGUUGGCUGUCUGAAUGGGGCAUGAGAGACAACAUUAUUCAUACAUUCAAACAAAACAACAUGGAUUGUUUAUUAAUAGUCAACUUUGUGUCAUGCUAUUAUUAUAUUUAUGUUAGAUUUAUUAAAAAUGAACAGUGUUGGGGAAAGUUACUUUUAAAAGUAAAUGCAUACAAUAUUAAGUUACUCCCAAAAAAAGUAACUAAUUGCGUUACUUAGUUACUUUUCAUGGAAAGUAAUGCUUUCGUUACUUUUUAGUUACUUUUGCGUUACUUUUUCUUGGCUAAGGCUGGAUCGCUUUCAGGCCCUGCAAGUGUUUUUUAUGACUGAAAAGUUCUGCAUUCAGAAAUUACAUAUUUCAUCACCAAAAUGUUGAGCUCUGGCCUGCCAUCUCAGUUUCUGACUCAAACUGUUCCCACACAUGUGUGUAUGCAUAAAGUGUAUAAUGUGACUACGUUUAGUUUAAUUCAGUACAUAAUUUUUUUAUCAAAUUAAUUAAACUAAAAAAGUAACUUGCAUUACUUUUAAAAAAAAGUAACUGACAUAUUAAUGUGUACAUUUAAAAAGUAAUGCGUUACUUUACUCGUUACUUCAGAAAAGUAAUAUUAUUACGUAAUGCACGUUACCUGUAAUGCGUAACCCCCAACACUGAAAAUGAAUAGAUACCCUUGAGGUGACCUUGCUGUGGCUGGCCAGUUCCCUACAGAUGCAAAUUAUAUCCAUAAUGUUAAACCUAGUAGUCAAGAAAAUGAAACAUUAAGUUGAAAGUGAACAUUAUGUACUGUGCAAUUGUUUUAGAUUUGAACAAAGCAAUGGAAAUACAUGCUUUUUUAAGAUGCCAGCCCAGAUAGCAUGCAAAUCAUUGAAACAAUGUUAAAAACAGUUGAUUUGUCA